GGGAGAUCUGGGAUUUCUCUUUCCUCACCCGUCUGCUCGUCAGCUCCACUUCUGCACGUACUCUUCCUCCUCUUCCUCUUCUUCCUCCUCUUCGUCUGCUGAAGCACAUUAACCCUCUGCUCUCGGCGUCAGUUAAAAGUGCAGAGAGGCGCUGCCGGGGAAAGGACACGGAGAGACAGAGACGCGCGGGACACUGGUGCAACCAACAGGGCACACUUGAACAGCAGCAGCUGUAGACUCUGCUAAUCGGCCCUCGACAGCGACAUCGUCCCAGCGCCCGACUUGGCUUCCUUUUUAUUUAUUUAUUGUUUAUUUUUUUAUAUAUAUAUAUUUUUUUAUUCGACUGAGUUCCCGCCAGGCCAUGAUGUAAGCCGACUCAGGCGUUUCCCCAGUUGGGCCCCCCCGUGGGAACAUGGACCUUAGAAGAACUCUCCGGAAGCGCCUUGCACUUUGGAUUUAGCCCCCCCUCCCCCCCUCGCCCCCCUGCCCCGCAUCGUGCCGCCGAGGUGGGAGGAGUCGCUCCCCUGAAGCCGUCGUUCCGGGCGGGGCUUUCUGCCGCGGGACGCCCCGGACUCGCCAUGAGGAUUACGAGCCCCUCCUGCCUGUGCCCCGUCCUCCUCUGCCUCUGCGUCGUCCAGAGGGGCCUGGGCUCCCACCACCCCCCCUCCGCCCGGACCCCCGGGAGGAACCAGACCCGGCUGAAGGAGGGGGAGACGGAGGUGCACCACCGGCCCAAGCGCGGGUGGAUAUGGAACCAGUUCUUCGUCCUGGAGGAGCACAGGGGCACGGAGGCCCAGUACGUGGGCAAGCUGCACUCGAACUCAGACAAAGGGGACGGCUCGGUUCGGUACAUCCUGACGGGGGAAGGGGCCGGCGGCAUCUUCAUCAUCGACGAGGUGACGGGGGACAUCCACGCCACCAAGAGCCUGGACCGCGAGAACAAGUCCCACUACGUGCUCCACGCGCAGGCCAUCGACCGCCACACCGGCCGGCCCCUGGAGCCCGAGUCAGAGUUCAUCAUCAAAGUGCAGGACAUCAACGACAACGCACCCAAGUUCCCUGAAGGGCCCUUCGUGGCCUCCGUCGCCGAGAUGUCCGAAGUGGGUACAUCAGUGUUCCAGGUUACCGCUAGCGACGCCGAUGAUCCCACCUACGGAAACAGCGCCCGGGUGGUUUACAGCAUUCUGCAAGGGCAGCCCUACUUCUCAGUGGACCCGAAAACCGGGGUCAUCAGGACAGCUUUAGCGAACAUGGAUCGGGAGGCGAGAGAGCACUACGCUGUCGUCAUUCAGGCCAAGGACAUGGCAGGGCAGGUCGGCGGUCUCUCCGGGUCCACCACCGUCAACAUCACCCUGAUGGACGUCAACGACAACCCGCCAAAAUUCUCUCAGAAAAACUACCAGCUGUACGUCCCUGAAUCGGCGCAGGUGGGGAAGCCGGUGGGUAAAAUCAAGGCCAACGACGAGGACCUGGGCUUGAACGCGGAGAUCAAGUACAGCAUCACCAACGCCGAAGGGGCCGCCGUCUUCUCCAUUUCCACCGACCGGGAGACCCGGGAGGGAGUCAUCUCACUCCGAAAGCCCCUGAACUUUGAGAGGAAGAAGACGUACACGCUCCACAUCGAGGGCGUGAACACGCACCUGGACCCGCGGCUCUCCUACCUGGGCCCGUUCCGGGACAGCGCCACCCUGCGGAUCUCCGUGGGCGACGUGGACGAGCCGCCCGUGUUCUCCAUGCACUACUACAUCAUGGACGUGUACGAGAACGCGCCGGCGGGCGCCGAGGUGGGCGCGGUCAGCGCCCGCGACCCCGACAGCACCAACAGCGCCAUCAGGUAUUUCAUUGACCGCAGUUUGCACGGAGACACGUACUUCAACAUCGACGCGGCCAGCGGCACGGUGCGGACGACCCGGGCUCUGGACCGGGAGGAGACGGCCUGGCACAACAUCACCGUGGUGGCGUCGGAGGUCGACAACCCCAGCCUCCUCAGUCAUGUUCCGGUCACAGUGCAGGUCCUCGACGUGAACGACAACCCCCCCACACUGGCCACGGAGAGUGAGGUCAUCGUGUGCGAGAGCACCAGGACAGGACAGGUGAUCCAGACGAUAAGCGCUGUGGACAAGGACGAUUUCGCGAACGGCCCCCGCUUCUCGUUCUCCCUGCCACAGGAUCUCCCCGUGAACCCCAACUUCACCCUCAAAGACAACGAAGACAGCACGGCGAGCAUAGUGUCCCUGAGAUGGCGGUUCAGCCGCAGCCUGCAGGAGCGGUACCAGCUGCCCGUGGUGGUGUGGGACGGGGGCGAGCCGGAGCUCAGCAGCACGGGGACCCUGACCCUGAGGGUGUGCGCCUGCCAGCGCGGGACCCGGGUCCGGGUGUGCCAGGCGCAGGCCUUCCUGUCCUCGGCCGGACUCAGCACCGGGGCCCUCGUGGCCAUCCUGCUCUGCAUCGUCAUCCUGCUGGUGAUCGUGGUGCUCUUCAUCACCCUGAGGAGGAGUAAGAAGGAGCCCCUCAUCGUGUCGGAGGAGGACGUGCGCGAGAACGUGGUGACCUACGACGACGAGGGCGGCGGGGAGGAGGACACGGAGGCCUUCGACAUCCUGGCCCUGCGGAACCCCACCGGGGCGGGGCCCGAGGAGCUGCGGCUUCGGCGGGACGUGCGUCCGGAGGGCCCGCGGCGGCGGGCGGGGCCCGGGGCCCCCGGGGGGCCGGCGCAGGACGAGGCGCAGGACGUGCAGCGCUUCAUCGAGCGCCGGCUGGCGGAGGCGGACUCGGACGCCAGCGGCCCGCCGUACGACUCGCUGCAGACGUACGCCUACGAGGGCCGCGGCUCGCUCACGGGCUCCGUCAGCUCGCUGGGCUCCGCCGCGUCCGGGCCCUCGCCCUCCGAGCACGACUACGGCUUCCUGGACCAGUGGGGGCCCCAGUUUCACAAACUGGCACAGCUCUACGGGGACUCCGAGUCGGAACUGGUCACCUAGCUCGCGUCCCCGUGUGUAAAAACAAAAACAAAAAAACUGAAUAAACUGAAAAAAAGGAAAAAAGACAAAUUAUGAAAAAACUCCUAUUCUCCUAUUCGCCGAUUCCCCUUUAAGACCAACCCCCCCCCGCCCCACCCCCCACCUUCUCCCUUUACACACCUCAGUUUAAAAAUAAAAGCUUUUGAACUUUGACAGUUGUUCACUUUUGCUGUAGA